AUGGUUGUACAAAAGCACUUCCUUAGCAACCAAGGGUGGCAACGUUAUCAUUAUCCAAGAUGGCAGCAGCAGGGGAAGGGCGCAGUGAAAGAACCCCAGAACGUUGUUCACCAAAAUGCAAUAUUAUGUGAAACUAUUAGAAAGGAGCAAAGGCAUCAGAAGAUUUACACGAACUACAGUGUAAAUCCAUACAAAAAGAUUCAUGUAAUAACAGGGAAACCUAACUCCAAACAUGACACAGAAGAAGGAGAAGAAGACAGUCAUUUCUUGUCAGUCAUCAACAGAGCAUCCCUGGAACCGGUGAAGAAAUAUGACUUUCCUCAAACAGAGUCGCAGGAAUAUGGAUGGACGACAAAGCCAUUUAUUCCCAGAGACCCUACAGACAAGAGGCUGUCUUUCCACAAGUGCAACACUGCCAUCACCAAGUACAAUGACAAGGCAUGGGGCGAGAAGGAACAGCGGGAGAACAUGAACUAGCCAUACAACAUGCAAUUAUAAUUUAUAGUUCACAAUGUAGUUACUUUCUUUUGUAAAUAUACACACAUUGUGUUCUCAACAUUUAUUAUAUCAUUACCAUGUUGCAAAUUGAUAAAAUCAGAUUUCUUUAAAGGAACUGGUAAUUAUAGUCUAGUGAAAUCUUAGUAUGCAAGUUACUUGUGAAUUAGGCUGCAGAUAUGUUCUUUAAGUACAAAUUGCAAAUAAUGACAACAGAUUAAAACUUAAUAUAUAGCAAUUUCUUAGGUACCUCAUUGUAGUUUAUUUCCAGUGUUUUAGAUCAUGAAUUGGUCCAAAUGCCAGAAUGGUGUCAGUGAAUAUUCCUGAUAUUUUCCAAACCAGUAUGUUACUUCAGGUAUAUAGCCAGUAUGUUGGGUCUCCACACAUGGUGUCAAUAGGGUUAUAGUUGUAGCUGUAAUGUUAGCUCUGUAUGUUCUCUGUGAGAGAACUUCAUGUUUAGUGUACUAUUUGAUCUAACUCUAUUUGAAUCGUACACAAUGUAUUUUGUAUUCAGACAAUCAUUUUGGAAGUAUAAAAUACUAAAUGUUACACAUUUUCAGUUAGACCUGCAAUGAUAUUACAUUUUCAAGGCUCUCAAGAGCUACUUUACCUUUAAUUACCUAGUUUUUUUGUUUUCGAUUAUACAGAUAGUAUUAUACGAGAUGACUAUUUCCUCUGAACAAUGCCAACUGUAUAUACGUUUCAGGCAGCACUCGUCAGCUGGAACUUGUUUGUGUGUAUACUGAUACUGUGUGAAAAGUCUUGAUUGUAUGUCUUGCAUGAAUGUAUAUUUUAGUUCACAUGUAAAGGACUUUUGUCAAACUAAAGAAAUCCAUUUUAUCA